CAUGGCUGCUCUGCCCCGGGGGAGGAGGACAGGGCACCGCCUGGCCGCUCCCGCAGCCGGCAUGGCCGGGGCUGGCCGCUUUCCUUCCCUGUUUGCUUUCAGGGUGUUUGCCUCUGCCGCUGUUGGGAGCAGCCGGGAGGUCGGUCUCACCCUGCAGUUCAAGGAGGCGCGACGGAGGAGGGCUGGAGGACGCCACUGCCUCCUCCAUACCACACUUCUUUCCUCCCCCUUUUCCUUCACAAGGCGCUAGAGGGAGGGAGCCAUGCCCUACCUGCACCAAGACUCGAAGCCGAGGCCGCCCGCACUGCCUGGGGCCGCGCGUCCCACCAUCAGCUCAGGGAAGACCUACGAGGAGCUGAAGCAGGAUUGCCUGCGCAGGGGCGUCUUGUUCGAGGACCCCGACUUCCCCGCCUGCAACUCCUCUCUCUUCUUCAGUGAAAAGCCGCCUGUUCCCUUCGUCUGGAAGAGGCCUGGGGACAUUGUCAAAGACCCCAAGUUUAUCCUUGGAGGAGCCACGAGAACUGACAUUUGCCAAGGGGAUCUUGGUGACUGCUGGCUAUUAGCAGCCAUAGCUUCUCUCACACUGAAUGAAAAAACGCUAGCAAGAGUGGUGCCACUGGAUCAAAAUUUUGGGCCAGAUUAUGCUGGAAUAUUUCACUUCCAGUUUUGGCAGCACAACGAGUGGCUGGAUGUUGUGAUUGAUGACCGAUUACCCACCUUCAAAGGCCGUUUGGUUUUCCUGCACUCAGCUGAACACAAUGAAUUUUGGAGUGCCUUACUAGAGAAAGCCUACGCCAAGCUGAACGGCAGCUACGAGGCUCUGAAAGGAGGCAGUACAAUAGAAGCCAUGGAGGAUUUCACUGGGGGUGUAGGAGAAAUGUAUGAGGUUAAAAAGGCUCCUGAAAAUUUCUAUGAAAUCCUAGAGAAAGCUCUGAAAAGACGCUCAAUGGUGGGCUGCUCUAUUGAUACCAGCAGUGCUGCCGAGUCAGAAGCCAAAACCUGCUUUGGCCUUAUAAAGGGCCAUGCUUACUCCGUGACUGGCAUCGAUGAGGUGAGCUAUCGGGGGAUGCAAGUGCAGCUCAUCAGGAUAAGGAACCCCUGGGGACAGGUCGAGUGGAACGGCCCUUGGAGUGACAACUCUCCAGAGUGGCGUUCAGUCAGUCCAUCGGAGCAGAAACGCCUAUCUCAGGCAGCGCUGGAUGAUGGAGAGUUCUGGAUGAAAUUUGACGACUUCAGAGUGCAUUUUGAUAAGGUUGAGAUCUGUAACCUGACUCCAGAUGCCCUGGAAGACACCACUGCCCACAAGUGGGAGGUGACCAUCCACCAGGGAAGCUGGGUCCGGGGAUCCACUGCAGGAGGAUGCAGAAAUUUUCUAGAGACUUUCUGGACAAAUCCACAAAUCAAGCUGCAUUUGACAGAGAAAGAUGAUGGGCAAGAUGAGUGCACAUUCAUAGCAGCACUGAUGCAAAAGGAUCGCCGUAAACUCAAGAAGCUUGGCGCUGAAAUGCUAACCAUCGGCUACUCUAUUUAUGAGAGCCCUGGAAAAGAUGGACACUUGGGCAAAGACUUCUUCAGAUACCACCCCUCCAAGGCCAGGAGCAAAACCUACAUAAAUUUAAGGGAAGUAUCCAACCGCUUCAAGCUGCCGCCGGGUGAUUACAUUCUUGUUCCAACCACAUUUGAGCCCCACCAAGAGGCAGAUUUCUGCCUGAGGAUUUUCUCCGAGAAGAAGGCCAUCACUGAGGAUCUAGAUGAAAACGUUGCCAUUGAUCUCCCUGAGCCUCCAAACCCAACCCCAAGCCCACAAGAAACUGAAGAAGAAAAACAGUUCCGGGCGCUGUUUGAGCAGAUUUCAGGAGAGGACAUGGAGAUAGCUGCAGAAGAACUUGAAUACAUUCUGAAUGCUGUAUUAAAAAAAACAAAGAACAUCAAAUUCAAGAACUUAAGUCUCAUUUCAUGCCGAAAUAUAAUUUCUCUUAUGGAUACCAGUGGCAAUGGGAAACUGGAAUUUAAUGAGUUCAAAGUUUUCUGGGAAAAAAUGAAGAAAUGGAUAAGUAUCUUUCUUCAGUUUGACUUUGAUAAAUCUGGCUCCAUGUCCUCCUAUGAGCUUCGCAGUGCUCUUAAAGCUGCAGGAUACCAACUCAACAACUACUUGCUGCAACUGAUUGUCCUCCGAUACUCUGACGAACAGUUACAGAUUGAAUUUGAUGAUUUUCUGAACUGCUUAGUUCGCUUAGAGAAUGCAAGUCGAGUAUUCCAAGCACUGAGUGUGACAAACCAGGUCUUCAUUAACCUGAAUAUAGCCGAGUUCAUCAACUUGGCAAUGAACAUCUGAAGAAGUUUGACUUGGAUGCCGGGAGUUUCUUGCGACAUUGCUGCUGAGACUUCUGCCCCAACAGCUGAGGUCCCCUUCGCAUGCAAACCUUACCAGGAGCUUUCGCAUGGAGGAGCACACAUGCUGCCCACCCUUUCUGGUCUCCAGCCCUGUUGUGGUUUUGAGUUCAACAUUCAGCUCACGUAUUGGUUUUAUUUUUGGUAAAGCCUGAUACUGGAUUUGUUACUGUAAGAGGCAUUUGAAUGGGGCACACAUGUCUCAAGCAGACUGAAACUGAUGUCCCUGAGUGACCACAGGCUUUUAUGAAAUAGGAUUGUAUUUAGUUUCAGCACAGCAGAGAAUACAGUGAUUAAAAGUCUUUAGUGGUCCUUGGCUACAGACUACUGUAAGGUGCUUUUGAAAAUAUAAGGUUGAGUAAAAAACUUUGUUCAGUUUGGAAUUUAUUUCCAGGUAUGCUGUGCAGCUACAUAACAAGUCUCCUGCCAUAGACACAUGAGCUGCAGUCUGAUGGACUGCAAUCAAAAGAAGGCUAGGGACUGUAGUAUGAAAGGUCAUCCUUGAAUAUUUAUGACACAGGUCCCUGGUCCAGGCUUCCUUUGAAGGACGCUUAAGCUAAGGUCUGACAUGCAUCAAAGAUUUAAUUUAGAGAAAAGUUGUUGCAUCUCACCUUCCCUUAGUCCUUCCUCUGCUACCAACAAAGUUUCUCUGUUACACGCUUUGCUCUGUGGCCAAAGCAUGUCUCACAAGCCAGACUCAGCAGAGUUGCACACAACCUCCCUUCAUCUUCAGAGAAACACGUGGCCUCCGAGACAGUGAGCUCUUGUGUAGGGCCAUUUUUCCCCAGGCAGUCUGAGAUUGUGUCCCACACCAACCAUGCUCCAGAAGAGCAAUUAUAGUCAUUUUAUAUGAAUUAAAUGUAACCAUUGGUAAGGCCCUGAUCUCUGAAGCUAUUGCUAUUUCGCAUCUGUGAUUUACAUAGUAUUAUUCAUGUGGCGUGGGUAGCCAGCGCUGACUUAAAAAAUAACUGUAAUAGCAGCCAGGGACUUAAGAGGUCUUCAUAGGAUUUUUUUCCAUGAUUAUCUUCAUAACUUAUGUCUAUUUUAUAAUGAAUCAACUGCCUGGAUUGGUUUUCUAAAACCUUUCUUACAGCAGAACAGAUGGCCCUAGAACAGCCGUGCAUUCCCUACUGUCCAGGAUCACUGAAACAGCCAGGGUUUUGUUUUCUCUAGAUUUACCUAAUGAGCACCUCUGGAAGGAAAAUGAAGCUGCAGUAAAGGUGAAGGGCAAAAGAUGAAAAAACACAGGCAUCAUGAUGUUUAAAAUACCUACCUUCUUUUUUUUCCUAACAAUUAUAAUCUUGUAACUAUUCAGAAAAUGCUCUGGAGCUAACUGGCAGCUGAGCAAAAGCUAAUGGUUGCAGUAUUCGAUUAACUGAGGUACCCAGCCCCACGAGGUGUAUUGAUUUUCAGAUGUGCUGAUUGUAUGCCCUUUUGA